AUGGAGAAGAGGCCAGGCAGGCUGCUGCUCUUGUCCGACUUAAGCGUCAGAAACACGGCAUACGAAGUGAGCUUGAGUCGGUCCUUGCUCACAUGGAAAAAACGGCUUCCCAGUCCCGUGUAUCACCCGUUCAAACCAAGUAUGUGUCGUAGCGUGACGGUGUCUGAAAUCAUCUGUGUCCGUGAGGAAGAGGAGGAGAACAGCAGCAGAGAUGAAGGCAGCUGGAGGAAGAUCAGAGAGGGGCAUGGGAGGGACUGCAGGCAGGCCUUCACCGUCUCGUAUGUGGAGCGAGGGCGAAACCACCGCUGGCGGUGCGCAGAGGUCACGUUUGUCUGUCCUGACGCUGUCUUGUGUCAGCGCUGGGUUCAGUGCAUCAGGGAGCAGCUGGCUGCCCUCGGCUGCAGACCCAAACACCUGCUCGUCUACAUUAACCCUGUUGGAGGCAAGAAACGGGGAAAACGCAUCUAUGAACAGAAGGUGGCGCCACUGUUCGCUCGGGCCGGGAUCACCACUCACGUUAUUGUGACAGAAUAUGCCAAUCAUGCGAGAGACCAUCUAAGGACCGAUGCAGAACUAAAACAGUUUGACGGGGUGGUGUGUGUGGGGGGAGACGGCAUGUUCAGUGAGAUCAUCCACGGUUUGAUCUGGAGGACGCAGAUGGACAGUGCAGUGAACCCCAACAGCCCAGAGGAGGCGCUGCAGGCCUGUCCUCUGCGCAUCGGCAUCAUACCAGCAGGAUCCACAGACUGUAUCUGUUUUGCGACCGUCGGUGCAAAUGACCCGGUGACAUCUGCGCUUCACAUCAUUGUUGGCGACUCGCAGCCCAUGGACGUAUGCUCCGUCCACCACAACAAUACGCUGCUCAGAUACUCAGUCUCUUUGCUCGGAUACGGUUUCUUUGGCGACGUAUUGAGCGACAGCGAGAGAAAGCGGUGGAUGGGGCCGGCCCGAUACGACUUCUCAGGUCUGAAGAUGUUUCUCACUCAUCACUAUUAUGAAGGAGCUGUGGCCUACCUACCGGCCAAAGGCAUCAUGGGAACUCCGCGGGACAAAACCAGAUGUCGCACUGGCUGUGUGGUCUGCGAGCACAACGGGAAGGUCUUCACAGAGAAAGGCGAAAAGUACAAGUCGGCUGAGUCUUUUGAUGCGGAGGGCGAGGAGGAGUGGCAGUCGGUGCGGGGGAAGUUUUUGGCCAUAAACGCUGCGAGUAUGAGCUGCGCUUGUCCUCGCACUCCCAAAGGCCUCUCUCCGGCCGCUCACCUCGCCGACGGCACCACGGACCUCAUCGUGGUCCGGAAGUGCUCUCGCUUCAACUUCCUCCGGCACCUCAUUCGCCACACCAGCAAGGACGACCAGUUCGACCUGGGCUUCGUGGAGGUGCACCGCGUCAACCGUUUCCGGUUCCUGCCGCGUCAGUGUCAGAGCGACUCGGACCUGAACCUCCGCGACGCUCACAAGAGGCAGAUCUUCGGGCCCCUGUGCAGAGACCACCCGGCCUGCAGCUGCGGCCCUCACUACAGCAGCUGGAACUGUGACGGAGAGGUGCUCAAGCACGCAGCCAUAGACGUCAGGGUGCACUGUCAGCUGAUCAAACUUUUCGCUCGUGGGAUCGAAGAGACGACCGUUUUUGAAGAAGUGACCAAUCCAUGUGCAAUAUGA